CUCUUUUCUUCCUAGUUUGCCUUAUUUUAACCAUGCAUGAUACAGAUUAACUUUAUAUACAGUACUAGCUAGUUUAAUGUAAUAAACUUUUCGAUAUAUAAAUGCAUGGUUGAUUUUAUGGACAUGGUUGUUCUUAUUUUUGCAGGAAAAUGAAGAGUUUUUUUGGCAUUGUUCUAGUGGGAUUUGUGUCGGUGGUUUCUUCUACUGUUUAUGGGUACGGUGGAGGAGGGUGGAUUAAUGCUCAUGCAACAUUUUAUGGAGGAGGUGAUGCUUCUGGGACAAUGGGUGGAGCGUGUGGUUAUGGGAAUCUAUACAGUCAAGGUUAUGGGAUAAACACAGCAGCCCUGAGCACUGCAUUGUUCGACAAUGGGUUGAGCUGCGGUGCAUGCUAUGAGCUAAAGUGUGUGAAUGACCCACAAUGGUGUCUUCCUGGGACCAUUGUAGUCACUGCUACUAAUUUCUGCCCUCCCGGAGGCUGGUGUGACCCUCCAAACCAGCACUUUGAUCUCUCUCAACCCAUCUUCGAACACAUCGCAAAGUACCGAGCUGGAAUCGUCCCCGUUAUGUACAGAAGGGUAAGGUGCCGGAGAAGUGGAGGCAUUAGAUUCACAAUCAAUGGACAUUCGUAUUUCAAUCUAGUUCUUGUAACAAAUGUUGGAGGUGCCGGUGAUGUCCGUGGCGUGUCCAUAAAGGGUUCAAGAACAAGAUGGCAAGCCAUGUCAAGAAACUGGGGUCAGAACUGGCAAAGCAACGCCUACCUCAACGGUCAAGCUCUUUCUUUUCUCGUCACCGCCAGCGACGGUCGCCGUGUCUUGUCUUACAACGUAGCUCCCGCCGGCUGGUCUUUCGGCCAGACUUACACCGGAAACCAGUUUCGCUAUUAAUUAAUUCGUCUGUUUUUCACUUGUGUUCAACAUGUGAUUCCAACAAGGCUAAUGAAUUAAUUAGGAUAUAUGUUAUAUAUCUAUCAAUAUCUACAUUUAUAUGUAUAAUACAGUUAAAAAUGAUGGCUA